GAGCAUUUUAGAGUAAGCUUUUAAACGACUAUAACCAUACAAAAUCCAGCAUGGGGGAACCACAGAACCUACUGGAGGAAAACGAAGAAAACGUGACAUUUAAAUCACUGGGUGUGGUUGAUGUACUUUGUGAAGCUUGUGAACUUCUGAAAUGGAAAACGCCAACCAAAAUUCAACAGGAAUCCAUUCCUAUAGCCCUUCAAGGUAAGGAUGUCAUAGGUUUAGCUGAGACUGGGUCCGGGAAGACUGGAUCUUUCGCUCUGCCAAUACUCCAGUCGCUGUUAGAAAAUCCACAACGUCUCUACGCCCUUAUUCUCACACCCACCAGGGAACUGGCCUUUCAGAUCUCGGAACAGUUUGAGGCUCUGGGAUCAACCAUUGGUAUCAAAUGUGCUGUCAUUGUGGGAGGAAUAGACAUGAUGACCCAAUCGCUAAUGUUGGCAAAGAAACCUCAUAUUAUAAUUGCUACACCUGGACGAUUGGUGGAUCACCUGGAAAAUACCAAAGGCUUCAACCUUCGUUCUCUAAAAUACCUGGUAAUGGAUGAAGCAGACAGAAUAUUGAACAUGGACUUUGAACAGGAGGUUGACAAGCUACUGAAGGUGAUACCCCGGGAACGGAGGACGUACUUGUACUCAGCCACCAUGACAAAGAAGGUUGCAAAACUACAGCGGGCAUCACUCCAGGACCCUGUCAAGGUGGAAGUGUCGUCAAAAUAUCAAACUGUAGACAAACUUAUGCAGUACUAUAUUUUUAUACCCGCUAAACACAAGGACGUUAACUUGGUGUACAUCCUGAAUGAACUGGCCGGAAAUUCCUUCAUGGUGUUCUGUAGCACCUGUGCAAAUACACAGCGAGUGGCUCUCAUGCUGCGUAACCUGGGAAUGACCGCUAUUCCGCUACACGGUCAGCUCAGUCAGGCAAAGAGGUUGGGUUCACUUAACAAGUUCAAGAGUAAAAGUCGCUCCAUUCUUAUAGCCACGGACGUGGCCAGCAGAGGUCUGGACAUCCCACACGUGGAUGUGGUAAUAAACCUGGACAUCCCGACCCACUCCAAGGACUACAUCCAUAGGGUGGGGCGCACAGCUAGGGCGGGGCGGUCCGGCAAGGCCAUCACAUUUGUGUCACAGUAA